GCAAAUCUAUGUUCGGGUUGCCACGAUAGAAAUUUCCAAGGUAACCUAUUUUCACCGGGUCAAAUCGGUUACUUUAUUUUUAUUACAAGUAUACCUUCAAGACCUACUAUGCCUGAGCCUAUCAUUGUUGAUACAGAUCCGGGUGUAGACGAUGUACUUGCGCUCAUUUUCUUACUCUUAUCGCCUGAAGUCCACAUCCGUGCCAUUACAUUGACCCAUGGCAACACCAGUUUGACGCACAUUAAGCGAAAUGCAGUUACUCUUUUACAUGUCAUGCAGAAGCAUCGAGAGUUAGCGGGCUUGACUGUUCCUUUGGAGGAGUUGCCUGUAUUGGCAGUAGGCAGCGAGUUGCCAUUGAACUCAAAGAGCAUCUUUGCAACCUACUUUCAUAACACUGAUGGAUUGGGCGGUAUAUACGACGCAGGGAAGUACGCUGCUCCUGCGGAUUGGGAGGACCAGAUAUUGCACAAAGCUGCCGAGGACGCUGAUCCGUGCCACCAUCGAGCGUUCAGGACAACGGAAAGGGAUGCUGCUGAUGAAAUUCUAUAUCAGCUCAAGCAAGCCCCGCCAUUGACUGUCAGCAUCUUGGCUGUGGGUCCUUUAACGAAUGUUGCUUUGGCAUAUCAACGAGAUCCCGUAACCCUUAGUCGAGCCAAGCGUAUCGUGAUAAUGGGAGGGGCUGUUGAUUGCCCAGGCAAUGUGACCCCAAUGGCUGAAUUCAAUUUUCGCGCUGAUCCUGAUGCUGCAGAUAUUGUUUUAGGCGCCUCAAAAGGAUUCCGCCAUACUCCUGAGGGCUAUCGUGAACGCGUCGAACUCGUCGCUCAAGGGAAACAGGCACCUAGUCAUGUUGUUGUUCUUCCAUUAAAGGGUGCCGAAGAUGGUAACAUUUACCGCAAAGAUUAUGAACGCCAUGUGGUCCCACUCAAAAAUCCACUUGGCGUAUUCUGCAAUGCCUUUCUCGAAUGGACAUUUGAUGUAUGCAAGCGCCUCUUUGAUUCGGAUAGUCUAUCAGUUUAUGAUGCAUUCACCGGUUUGUUGCUAUUGGACUUGAUUCCAGAUAAGGGUGAUGGUUGUCCAGCAGAAACGACGACGACAAAGUCAACCCUUGACAAGCAUUGGGAGUAUCAGUAUUGUGAUCUACGCGUAGAGACGUCUGGACAAUACACUCUGGGAAUGUCAUGUUACGAUAAGCGAGCAUGGCAUCAAGAUAAGCCGUCGUGGAAUGAUGCUCCUAAUCACGUCCAAGUGAUUACCCGUGGAGACGGUGCACGGUUUAAUCGCAUGAUUUUGAACCGUGUAUUUGAUGCUGGUAUUAAAGAGUCAUCAGGAGAGCAAUGAAGUUUGGACCGUUUUCUAUCGUCAAUUAGAGUCAAUAAAGAACAACUACGGAGACUAUCAUUAUUCUUAAUUUAC